CGGCAGAGACGUUUUGUCGCAAGACGCGGGUGUGCGCGCUGCACCUGCGCAAGUACAACGACGCUUUGCUGAUCAACAACACGGCGCGGAUGAUCGACGCCUUCCAGUACCUCCAGGAGUUCUACACCGCCGAGAGGGAUGCGAAGGACCCCCCCCUGGGUGCUUCCCGUGGCAUCGUCUUCACCAAAACCCGGCAGAGCGCCCACAGCCUGCUCAGCUGGCUGCAGGACACGCCCGCGCUCUGCGGAGAGCACGUCAGGGCUGCUGUCCUCACCGGUGCCGGCUACAGCAACCAGACCAGGCACAUGACGCUGAAUGAGCAGCAGGACGUGAUCAAGCUGUUCCGCGAGGGAGCCCUCAACCUGCUCUUCUCCACCAGCGUGGCCGAGGAGGGCCUGGAUAUCCCCGAGUGCAACAUCGUGGUCCGCUACGGGCUGAUGACCAACGAGAUCGCCAUGAUGCAGGCCCGGGGCCGUGCCCGUGCUGAGAACAGUGUCUACUCCGUCCUCGCCAAAGCCAAUAGCAGAGAGGUCUCCCGUGAGCUGCUCAAUGAAGACCUCGUGGAGCUCAUGGUGAGGGCAAUCAGAGCGGUGCAAGCCAUGCCCGAGCAGGAGUACCGCCUCAAGAUCAGGGAGCUGCAGCGAGUUGCCGUUGCCAGCUGGCUAAUGAAGGAGGCCAGGAUCAGCGAGAGGCGGCAACUGCAUGACCCAGAUGCUGUUUACCUCUACUGUGUCAACUGCAACACGGCGGUGUGCCACGGCAGCGACAUCCGCACCGUGGAGGGCAUGCACCACGUUAACAUCAACCCCAACUUUGGGUUGUAUUACAGAGUUUCCUCUGGGAAAAUACAGUUGCAGCAGACUUUCAAGGACUGGGAGCCCGGCUGCCGCAUCAUGUGCAGCGAGUGCAACCAGGACUGGGGGAUGGAGAUGAUCUACCGGCACGUGAAACUGCCCAUCCUCUGCAUCAAAAACUUCGUGGUGGAGACACCGGCUGAGAAGAGGAGGUACAAGAAGUGGAGCGCUGUGACAUUCCCCAUCAAGGAGUUUGACUACCUGGAGUACUGCUCUAGCGCCUCAGGCCAGUCCUUAUAG